AUGCCAGUACAACGUGGUCUUGCACAAGAGUGUCAGCAACAUUUUCAAACGUCGAAUCUCUAUGAGAUCUUUUCGGUUCAACGAACAGCAACCGAUGCUCAAAUAAAAAAAGCGUAUCGACAAUUAGCUCUACGUUAUCAUCCUGAUCGAACAGAUAUCGAUCAGAAAGAGGAAGCGAAAACGAAAUUUCAAAUCAUUGGCAAAGUCUAUGCCAUUCUCUCCGAUGAAGAAAAACGAAAGAUUUACGAUGAUACCGGUGCGAUGGACGAUGAUGAUCUGGCAAUGGGUGUAGAUGAUUGGUAUGAUUAUUGCAAAAAGAUGUUUCGAAAAGUAACGAAGAAUGAUUUGGUCGAAUUCGAAAACAAAUACAAAGGUUCGGACGAAGAAAAACGAGAUUUAAAACGAAUCUAUGUUGAAGUCGCCGGUGACAUGGAUCAAAUAUUCGAAAGACAUCUUCUAGCUUGUCUGGAAGAUGAAGAUCGCCUACGUUCAAUGAUUGAUCAAAUGAUUGAAGACAACGAAGUACCAGCAUUCGAUGCUUAUACCAAAGAAACAAAAGCCAAACGAAAUAAGCGCCAUAAGAAGUUAACAAAAGAAGCAGCCGAAGCUGAGAAAUUGAUGAAAGAGCUCAACAUUGGAAAUGAUAAUGCUAGUCUCGAACGCGCCAUACAAAUGCGGCAACAACAACGUGCCGGAACGAGUUUUUAUGAUCAACUUUUAGAAAAGUACGGGUCGAAAACAAGUAACGGAAACAAAAAGCGAGGAGCAAGUUCGCUAAACAACAACAAAUCCAAGAAAACAUCGGUCAACAACCAUGGUAAACGCGCAGCGAAAACCGAUGACGAAGACGAAGAUCUCGAUGACGAUGAUGGUGAUGGUGAUAGCAGUGAAACAGUAACGGACGAUGAAGAUGACAAACCAAAACAACGUAAUUUAUCGAAGAAACAUGGAACAACGAUGAAAAAGACACGUCGUCCUGCAGCUGGACAUAAAAAACGCAAAAUCUCUCAUUGA